AUGAUAUAUAUCUUAGUCUCUGAUGUCUCUCUACCACGGUAUCUUCUUAUUUGCUUGAAUAUUUUGGUUUGUUUCUAUCUAUCUCAGUCUUUUCAUAUCUAUCUAUCUAUCUAUCUAUCUAUCUAUCUAUCUAUCUAUCUAUCAUGUCUAAAUAGUUUAGCAACUGUUCAUUUUAACAAUGGACAUAUCCAAUUUGCAUUGAUCUUAGCUGACAUUUUGAAUUUGAUAUGGAAGCAAAUUCUACGGAUAGACAGACAUUUUUUUCUCUUUCUCUUUCACUCUCAUUCUCCCCAUUUUCGAAACUCGUUCAUUUUGUUUCUUCUUCUCCCUCCCUCUUCCUUUAUCUUUUUGUCUUCUUUUCACUCUCUUUGUUUUAAUUUCUCUCUUUUCUUUUUUGCCCAUACUCAUCUUCUAAUUCUCUUAUUUCUAUCUCCUAUUUAUCCCUUCCAUUUCUAUCUCUCUCUUUCCUUUACUCUAUGUUACCUCUCUCUUUCUUACUGUAUCAAGUUCUCAAUUUAUCCCGAUUUUGCACAAAACACAUCCUUCUCUCUCUCUACCCUUUUUCUACCUGCCACACUGAUUAUAUGUUACUUUCUUUCUCUCUCCUUCUCUCUCUCUCUCUCUUCUUUUUUCAAUAUUCCUCUCUUUAUAUUCAUCUAUUUUUGCCCUCUAUCUCAUUCUCUAUUUAUGGGGGCUUCCUUUAUCUUUCUUUCUUUCUUUCUUUCUUUCUUUCUUUCUUUCUUUCUUUCUUUAUUGAAGUAG